UUGGUCCGCAUUUGAUUCUCAAAUUCUAUAAAAUGGCGGGAGAAGGAGAAACUGUGGAAAUCAUAACAGAAACAAUAGCACAAAAAGAUGAGACAGACAUUAGUCAUUUAAAGAACAGUGAUGAAAAUAAAACAACAAACUUAGAAAAUGAAUCUUUAUCAGAAAAAGAUGUAUCAGAUAAUAUUCCUGCAAUCGAGAAUGGCACUCAUGAAGAAACUGAAACAAAUGAAGAUCAAGAAGAAAUAUUAGAACAAAACUCUAGCACACAAGAUCAAAAUGAACCUUCAGGGACUAGCGAAUCUAAGUCACCUAACUCAAAUGAACGUUUAAUGCGACUGCCAUUAUCCCGCAUAAAGGUGAUAAUGAAAACCGAUCCUGAUGUUACUUUGGCGAGCCAGGAAGCAGUUGUCGCACUUUGUAAAGCAACAGAACUUUUUAUCGGAGCAAUUUCUAAAGACGCAGUUGUAACCACGUUAAACAGUAAAAGAAAAACAUUACAAAGAAAAGACCUUGAUGUAGUGCUUGAUUCCAGAGAUGGCUAUGCCUUUUUAGAAGGAACAUUAGAUUGACAAGUUCUUGUAAUAUAGACAUGAUAGAGUAUAGGGGAAUUAUAUGAACUGACAAAUCAGUUUAAUUCCAUGAAUCUGUGAGGGACAGUACAAAGACAAUUUGUGUGAUUAAUGAA